AUGCGUGCCUCCGUCGCCUCGUUCAUCCUCGCCGCUGUCAGCGUCUCCGCGUCGCCCAGCCUUCUCCUCUCUGUUUCCGCCCCGGCGGCCGUUGAGGACGUUGCGAACCUCAAGGUCACGACGACGCUCACGAACACUGGUGAUGAGUCCGUUACGCUCUUGAAGACCCCGGAGUCGGUCCUCAACCCCUUCGAGACGGACACCUUCAAGCUCAAGUCGGCAUCUGGCGCCUCUCCCGCCUUCACUGGCGCGAAGGUCAAGUUCGCCAUUGACCGCGCUGAGCAGACGACGCUCGCAGCAGGCGAGAGCGUUCAGGUCGAGCACUCGCUUGCGGGUGUCUACAACCUGACCUCUACUGGCGAGGGUGUCUACGAUCUCGACGCGAGCCCGCGCUUCCACUACCUCACCGAGGACGGCUCCAUCGACACCGUCCUCGCUGCGACCGAGCCCACUACCGCACACAUCUCCGGCAAGCUCGCCGCGAACGUGGUCCGCCCCUCGCGCCACUCCUCUGGUCUCGCCAAGCGCGCAGUCGGCUUCAACGGCUGCUCGUCGUCUCAGCAGACUCAGAUCAAGACCGCCGCUAGCAACGCCGUUACCUAUGCCGCGAACGCUGUGACCUACCUCAAGGGUAUCAGCGCCAGCACCACGCGCUACAAGACCUGGUUCGGCACGUACUCGAGCUCGAACAAGAACACCGUCCAGAGCCACUACACCAACAUUGGCACUGACCCCACGAGCUCGACCUACGACUGCACUUGCAGCGAGUCCGGCACGUACGCCUACGUCUACGCCGACUCGCCCGGCUACGUCUACCUCUGCCCUGUCUUCUGGCAGGCGCCCGCUACCGGCACUGACUCCCAGGCCGGCACCAUCGUCCACGAGCAGUCGCACUUCACCGUGAACGGUGGUACCCAGGACUACGUCUACGGCCAGAGCUCCGCCAAGAGCCUUGCGUCGUCAAACCCCAGCGAGGCCAUCUUCAACGCUGACAACCACGAGUACUUCGCGGAGAACAACCCCGCUCAGUCGUAA